GGAGCGGAGCGCGCAUGCGCGGUCGCCUUUGUGUGGGUCGAGCAGCGGCUGCGGCGGCAGCGGCAGUGGCGGUCCCACUGGCAGGCGGGCAAGAGAGGAGUCCGGGCGGCGUCCGGCGUGGGAGCCGGGGGACCACCAUGGUAAAGAAGCGGAAAGGCCGUGUCGUGAUCGACUCGGACUCGGAGGACAGCGGCAGCGACGAGAACCUGGAUCAGGAGCUCUUGUUCCUGGCAAAGCGGAAACGCAGCGACUCUGAGGAGAAGGAGCCACCUGUGAGUCAGCCUGCAGCCUCCUCAGACUCUGAGACGUCCAACAGUGAUGAUGAGUGGACCUUUGGCAGCAAUAAAAAUAAGAAGAAAGGAAAGGCCAGAAAAAUAGAGAAGAAAGGAACCAUGAAGAAACAGGCCAGCAAAACUGCUUCCUCGGGCAGCUCGGACAAAGACAGUUCAGCUGAGAGCUCAGCCCCUGAGGAAGGUGAAGUGUCAGAUUCUGACAGCAACAGCUCCUCCUCAAGUUCAGAUUCAGACUCUUCCUCAGAAGAUGAAGAGUUCCAUGAUGGCUAUGGAGAGGACCUCAUGGGAGAUGAGGAAGACAGGGCUCGUUUGGAACAGAUGACAGAGAAGGAGAGAGAGCAGGAACUAUUCAACCGCAUAGAGAAGAGGGAGGUGUUGAAAAAAAGAUUUGAAAUCAGGAAAAAGCUAAAAACAGCCAAAAAGAAAGAAAAGAAAGAAAAAAAGAAAAAGCAAGAAGAGGAGCAGGAAAAGAAAAAGCUGACACAGAUUCAGGAAUCUCAGGUAACAUCCCACAACAAGGAACGGCGUUCUAAACGAGAUGAGAAAUUAGAUAAAAAAUCUCAAGCCAUGGAGGAGCUAAAAGCAGAGCGAGAAAAACGGAAGAACAGAACAGCUGAGCUCCUCGCCAAAAAGCAGCCAUUGAAAACCAGUGAGGUAUACUCUGAUGAUGAGGAGGAGGAAGAGGAUGACAAGUCCAGUGAAAAGUCAGAUCGCUCAUCCCGAACAUCCUCAUCUGAUGAAGAAGAGGAGAAAGAAGAGAUCCCACCAAAAUCACAACCAGUCUCUUUACCUGAGGAAUUGAAUCGGGUUCGGUUGUCACGGCACAAGCUGGAACGUUGGUGUCACAUGCCCUUCUUUGCUAAAACUGUUACAGGAUGUUUUGUGCGGAUUGGCAUUGGAAACCACAACAGCAAACCAGUUUACCGGGUUGCCGAGAUCACAGGUGUUGUGGAAACUGCUAAAGUUUACCAGCUUGGUGGCACCAGAACAAACAAAGGGCUGCAGUUACGGCAUGGCAAUGACCAGCGAGUGUUCCGCCUGGAGUUUGUCUCAAACCAAGAAUUCACUGAAAGUGAAUUCAUGAAGUGGAAAGAAGCGAUGUUCUGUGCUGGCAUGCAGUUGCCUACCCUAGAUGAAAUUAAUAAGAAGGAAUUAUCUAUUAAAGAAGCUCUUAAUUAUAAAUUCAAUGAUCAGGACAUUGAAGAGAUUGUAAAAGAGAAAGAAAGGUUCAGGAAAGCUCCACCCAACUAUGCUAUGAAGAAGACUCAGCUGCUGAAGGAAAAGGCUAUGGCUGAGGACCUGGGGGAUCAGGACAAAGCCAAACAAAUCCAAGAUCAGCUGAAUGAGCUGGAGGAGCGGGCAGAGGCCCUGGACCGCCAGCGGACCAAGAACAUAUCUGCUAUCAGCUACAUCAACCAGCGGAACCGGGAGUGGAACAUUGUAGAGUCAGAGAAGGCCCUUGUGGCUGAAAGUCACAACAUGAAAAACCAACAGAUGGAUCCCUUUACCAGGCGGCAGUGCAAACCUACCAUCGUUUCUAAUUCCAGAGACCCAGCUGUACAAGCUGCCAUCUUGGCCCAGCUGAACGCAAAAUAUGGUUCCGGAGUGUUACCAGAUGCUCCAAAGGAAAUGAGCAAGGGUCAAGGAAAGGAUAAAGAUUUGAAUUCUAAGUCAGCCAGUGACCUCUCAGAAGACUUGUUCAAAGUACAUGAUUUUGAUGUGAAGAUUGAUUUACAAGUUCCCAGCUCAGAAUCAAAAGCUUUGGCCAUCACCUCCAAAGCUCCACCAGCCAAGGAUGGGGCGCCCAGGAGAUCUCUGAACUUGGAAGACUACAAAAAACGACGAGGGCUUAUUUGAUCGCACCAGCCUGCUGCUUCUGACCCUGCAUGCCCCAUCAUGGUGUCCUGCCCUUCCUCUUUUCCUUUUAUUUGCCCUUUUUGGGCUGGAGCAGCAGUGGAACUGGAAAGAGACUCUAAACUGCCAGUCAUCUGUAAUAUAAACCAUUUGCUGUAUAGACCUCCCUUGUCUGCACCAUCUCCCACCAACCCCCAGGCCUCACCCCAUGUGGACUUGGGUUCUCUUGGGCUUAUCCAUGUCUUUAGAUUUGUGUUUGCCCUUUUAUCUGUCUUAAACCAGCGCAGUUCAUUGGCCACUCUGCACGCAUGCAGUAUUACCGUGGAGCUGGGAUCCUUGCUGGAGCCCCGGUGGCGAGAGCAGCAUGGGUGGUCUCCCCGGACUGCCUCGGGACCUGACCAUUGAACGUUGGGCACCUGACCCCUGUGGAGGGAGUGGGGGCUGGGCACCUGCAGUCCUCCUUCCUCUCUUCCCAUCUUUUCCUUCCAUCUCUAUGGAAGAGCCAUUUUCAAAACCAAUUUAGUUUCCAAAAAGUGUACAUUGGGCGGGGGGGUGGGCUACUUGAGAGAGAGAGAGAGUGUGAGUGAGCAUGUGUGUGUGUGUGUGUGUGUGUGUGUAUCUGUAAGUGUGGAUUUUUUUUAUCAUUUUUAAAAAAUGCAGUACUCUUUGUAUCUGUCAUGGAUCUAUAGCUGUUUCAGAUUUUUUUUAACUGUACUUGAGCAUCUGAAACUGCAAGAAAGAAACUCAUUAAAUGUGAUUCUUCUUACUAAACAGGCCUGACUGCUGUAGCUGUGUAACUUCCCCAUCCCCUGCCCGCCUUACAGAAAACUCCCCAGUUUGGCCCCUGCCCUGUAGGCUGUGUCCUUGCAGGUGGGUGGGAAGCCCACGGCUAGGUACCAGGGAUGCAGGGCAGGUGUCUUGCCCAUCCCGUGGGUACAGCCCACAGCUUCUUGGCUGAACGUAGUGUCUCUUUUUCCCACCCCAUGUACUUGUCUCUUCCUAGUGAUUCUGUUUUGUUUUUAAGAGAAAGUAUUCAACAUGAAUUUGGAGAGAACACAAAAUGAUUUAGGUUGCAGAUGUUACAAGCAUGUGCAGUUCUGUGUGUGUGUAUCCAUACAUAUAUGGUAAGCAUAUAUAUUGUGCAACUAGGGUGAAGCCAGCAAAGAAGUGUAUGUCUUUAUGAAAUGUUUGAAAAGAGAUAAGCUGACUGCUUGAUAAUCAUUCUCAGGUGUAAAGCUCCAAGUGUAAAUAAAAGUGGCAUUUAACAAAUCUUUUCAGAACAAAGUACAGCUGACUAUAUAUACCAAGAACUAAGCUAAAGAAACAGCUGAGAGCUGCUGAUUCCCACAAGAGGGAGAGGAAUUUAGAAGCUCUGCUUUGUACUUCUUCAUCCUACUUUUCUGUAAGGAAGUGGGAUGAUGGAAAAUCAUGGAAUUAAGUUGUAUUCAAACAUAAAAAUGAACAUGGUAACUCUUCUGGGUUUAGUAGAGUCUCAGUGUUGCUUUAACUUAGUUUAUACUUUUUUAUUUUAAAACAGCAAUGGAUGGGUUUUUAAAAGUAUUGUGACUGUAAAAUUGAUAAAUAUGACUGUAACAUAGCUAUGUAGUAGCUGUGACAGUUCUGUUGGGCAAAAGAGUGGUGAUGGACUUAUUAAAAUCAUAUAUACUUGAAUAGUCCAUUGACUGAAACCCUUUAUAGAUGAUUGUGUAAAUGUGGAACCACAGACUGUUAAACAUUGCCUUGGACUCUGGCAGAGUCCUGGAGGCUGCUGGGACCUCUCCUGUCACGACGAACUUGGACUUUUUUUCUUUCUGGUUUUAAAAGACAUGGAAUUAUAGAAUCCAUAUAAUUUGCUGGAGUCAUUCUGAUCCACCGUGUAGAUCUGUAUUUAGUAUCAUUUGGAUUUGGAGAAGUGUCGAUUACAUUAUGGCUGUGUAAUAAAAUUUUUAUUAAAACUGCA